UAUUAUUAUUAUUUACAUCUAAUCUCCUUUGGCAUCAGCUGGCGGGGAGGCUGUGGUAGUGGUGGUGCUGGCGCUUCAGCCUGACAGAAACCACUCGGGCAGUAGCACCGCUCGCUAGUGGCGCAACACCACAGCUGUUGUCCUGCUGUCAACACCAUCACAUAGCAACCACACCAAACCAACCACAGCAACAUGAGGGGAAUGGAGGGCUGUCCAUGAGGAAGGAAGGGCAGAAGAAUAUUUGAAGUCAUCUCAGACUCUCAUCUGCUUCCAUUCUUAUGCACACACACAGUCAGGAUGCGGUUGCGGUACUCAUCCAUGGUGUUUGGUGUGGCGGUGUGUCUGGCCACACUAGUGCUGCUCUACCAGGUACUCAGCUUGCCUGGGGAGACCAUUUCUCCUGGAGAACAGAAGGAAAUUCUGUCACUGGAGUCUCGUCUUCAUCGUCUGGAAAGCAACAUCCAGUCCAACCAACAUACCAUCUCUGAGAUCAAGGCACUCGUCAAGCAGCUGAGUAAAACCAAUGCGAGGGCAAACUCUAUCCUUGGCACGCAGUUUGGGGCCAGGCCUAACAAAUUUAGCAGGAAUGGCAUAGGGUCAGUAGGGUUGGAGGGCAGCCAGGGUCAGGCAGGAAGGGGCGGCGUCUCAGGCCUGCGGCACAUCAACAACCUAACUCACGCUUCGGUGAUGGCAGAUGACUGUGUGUUUUCCGUCACUGCCCCGCCACCUGCUGAUGUGCAGAUGGAGAAAGUGUACGAGCUGCUCAAGUUUGACAACCCAGAUGGUGGCGCAUGGAAGCAGGGCUGGGACAUUGAGUACUCACCCGUGCAGUGGACGCCAGAACGCAAGUUGAGGGUGUUUGUGAUGCCACACUCACACAAUGACCCAGGCUGGAUCAAAACCCUGGACCAAUAUUACCAUGACCAGACGCGCCACAUCCUUGACCACAUGGUAGAGAAACUUCCUCUGGAUGAGCGCCGGAAGUUUAUUUGGGCGGAGAUAUCAUACUUGUCCAUGUGGUGGGAUAAACAGCCGGAGACUGUGAGGGAGAAAGUGAGACGGCUGGUGGAGCGAGGCCAGCUGGAGAUUGUGACAGGGGGCUGGGUGAUGAGUGAUGAGGCCAACACACACUACUUUGCCAUGCUGGAGCAAAUGAUGGAGGGACAUGAAUGGCUUAAGCUCAAUGUUGGAGUAAAGCCCAACAAUGGGUGGGCCAACGAUCCCUUCGGUCUGAGCCCCACGCUGGCAUACCUGCUCAAGCGCAUGGGUCUGGAGAACAUGGUGAUCCAGCGUGCCCACUACUCCAUCAAGAAGCACUUGGCCAAGGAACGUAGUCUGGAGUUUAGAUGGAGACAGGACUGGGACCCUGGCACCACCACUGAGAUCCUGGCACAGCUUAUGCCCUUCUACAGCUACGAUGUGCCCCACACCUGCGGCCCUGACCCCAAGGUGUGCUGCCAAUUUGACUUUGGUCGCUUACCUGGCUCAGGCAUCACCUGUCCCUGGCGGGUUCCCCCUCAGCCCAUCAAUGAGCACAACGUCCAUUCCAGAGCAAUGCUGCUACUGGACCAGUACCGACGCAAGGCUCAGCUCUUCCGCACCAACACCUUGCUGGUUCCUCUUGGUGAUGACUUCCGCUAUGCUCGAGCUGAAGAAUGGGACCAACAGUUCACUAACUACCAGCGGCUGUUUGACUACUUUAAUUCCCAUUCUGACCUGCAUGUGGAGGCGCAGUUUGGCACGCUGGCAGACUACUUCCGGGCACUGCGUGAAGAAGCAGAGGGCGGCACUGGAGGGACAGAGGAGCAGCCAUUCUUUCCUUCCCUAUCUGGCGACUUCUUCACUUAUGCAGACCGUGAUGACCAUUACUGGAGUGGCUACUACACCUCCAGGCCAUUCUACAAGAGCAUGGAUCGCCUGCUGGAGGGAUAUUUGAGAGGUGCUGAGGUGAUAUUUUCCCUGGCACUGGCAUCCCAGAAUGCACCGGGCAACUCUCCCCCAGCUGGCAUGGCAGAGCCCCUUAUGGCACGGCUGGUGGCAGCACGCCGCAACCUGGCACUCUUCCAGCACCAUGACGGCAUCACAGGCACUGGCAAGGACCAUGUGGUGACAGACUAUGCCCUGAGGCUUGUGAGGAGUGUGGAUGACUGUCAGCACAUCAUCCAGCAGUCUGCUCACUACCUUCUCUCUAUUGAUCAGCGUGCAUACAAGGGAAGUCCAGAGACGGUUUACUACGAACUGGGUGAGAAGUUUACCGAACACACGCAGCCGCCUUCACGCAUGGUGCUGGGCCUGCAGGAAGGUGUGGUGGUGACAGCAGUGGUGUACAACUCAAUCCCUCACAGACGCGUUCAGCUGCUCACUGUCCGCACAUCAUCUCCAUAUGUGCAGAUUGCUGGACCCAAGGACAUCCCAAUACCUUGCCAGAUUGACCCGGUGCUCCUCAAAUGGGGAGAGGCAGCAUCCACCAUGUAUGACGUCACUUUCCUGGUGGACAUUCCCGGACUCUCCCUUGCCUCAUACAACAUCCACGCCAUGAAUCCUGACAAGCUGAAGAAAGACUUGGUGACAUAUGGCCAGGUGUUGGUGAGUGGCCACAACACGCCCUCAUUCCCAUCUGUCUUCACCGUGGAGGAGCUGAAGGGAGACGAGCCCAUACUGCUGGAGGGUGGGCAACUCACUGCCACCUUUGGCUCCCACGGCCUCCUGCAGUCUGUGGUGUCUCAGGGUCGGCAGAUGAAUGUUAAGCUGGAGUUCAUCAAGUAUGGAGUGAAAAAACAUCGUGAGACCAGUGGGGCUUACCUGUUCCUGCCGGACAAGGAGGCAGAGGUUGUGCCAGGCAGUGGUGAUGGAAUGAUUGUAGUGAAGGGACCUCUGCGCUCCUCCCUCACCACACAACACAAAUAUGUUCUUCACUCUGUCUACCUUGCUAAUUCUCCUGGUGUGGACGGCCUGAGCCUGGAAGUGCACAACGUGGUGGAUGUCACACCUGAGCGCAACAUUGAGCUGGGGAUGAGAUUGUCCUCUGAUGUUGAUAAUGGAGGCACCUUCUACACUGACCUGAAUGGCUUCCAGAUCAUAAAGCGAGUGCGUCAUGACAAGCUGCCACUGCAAGGGAACUACUACCCAGUCGCAUCCCAAGCCUUCAUUCAAGAUCAGCAGUCCCGUCUCUCCCUCUUGUCUGCUCAGCCAGUGGGCGGAUCAUCACUCAAAGCAGGACAGCUGGAGGUGAUGAUGGACCGGCGUUUGAGUCAGGAUGACAACAGAGGCUUGGGUCAGGGUGUGCUGGACAAUGUUCCCACACCCAAUGUGUUCCGAGUGUUGCUGGAGCCUCGCUUGUUCCCAAAGGAGUCCAGUGCAGGCCAGGGGAUGCCUCCAGCCUUCCCAUCCCUGCUGUCCCACGCCACCUCUCACUCCCUGCUGUACCCACUGUACCUCCUGUUGCCCACUGAUAAGACUGGAGCCGUGCAACCACACUGGAACAUCACAGGAGAACUUCCCUGCGAUGUGCACCUAGUCACCCUGCGCACUAUGCUACAGUUCCCCCACUCCACCAUCCCUCUUGCCAAGGAGACUCCCAGCACCUCUCAGUCGUCCAUCCACUCUCCUAGCCCACUCAAUUCCCUCAUCCUUCACAGACUGGGCUUUGACUGUGCAUUUAAAUCCCCAGGCCUUUCCUGCUCUACUAAUGGUGGGAAGGUACGUCUGUCGGACCUUUUCCCGAGUGUGUUUGGGGAGCGCGUGCACCAGAUGUCCCUCUCCAUGCUGUACGAGGGAGUGGACAUGACCAAGUCCUACACACUCUCCCUCCAGCCCAUGGAAGUUUAUGCCUUACAACUCUCCCGCAGUUAGUUCCUCCCUUCCUUCCUUUCUUCCAUUCCUGUCUAUUCCAUAACUGUAUACUCCAGGGUUGCUACCUGUGCCAAUUUGACUUGUUAUUAUUUGUGAAUGAUUUUUCCAAUUUCACAGUCUCAAAUGUUUUUCCUUCAUUGUUGAAUCUAUGAAAAGCUUAAUUUAUUAUAACUUAUUUACCAUGUUCAGUUUUGUUUCAGAGUUUUAAUUAGAUCACUUGGGGAGUGUUGCAAAACUUGUUAGUACUAGUCAAGUGUUGCCCACUUUUAUUUGGGUGCCACUUAGGCUGGUAUGGAGAGGAGGGAGAGAGAGGGAGAGGGAGAGAGAGAGAGAGAGAGAGAGAGAGAGAGAGAGAGAGAGAGAGAGAGAGAGAGAGAGAGAGAGAGAGAGAGAGAGAGAGAGAGAGAGAGAGGGAGAGAGAGAGGUCCUCAUCCUAUCUAUUUAAUUUUCUGGGGUGGAGAAAUGAAAAUUGGAGAGAGAGAGAGAGAGAGAGAGAGAGAGAGAGAGAGAGAGAGAGAGAGAGAAACUCCACUCUCUCCCUCAUCCUACUAUACAUUAUUACAUUUGCUUCCCCUUUACAAGUUGCUGGAGGGUUUGGGUGAAGAUACUGAUUUCUUAAAUGAUCUAUUUUUACCUUAUUUGUAGUUUUAAAUAUAUACUCAGAAUUCUUUACUUAUAAUUUUUUUCUGUGUAUUUGUGUGUGUGUGUCAGUCCCUUUACAAGUACUGGUUGCCUGGUUGUGUGUGUGUGUGUAGGUGGGUGGGGUGGGUGGGUUUCUGGUCAUGUAAGAGGUUGUGUGUCCUAUUCCAUAAGUUAAUGGUAUUGUGCUCUUUUGAAUCUUGUGUAUUACUGUAUGUUCUGUUUGUGAUAAGUGGUGAUACACUGCAUUUGUUUGUAUGUGUGCCUUUAUAUAUGUACCAUUGGCUCACCUCAUUGUUAAAUGUGUAUUGAAGGAAUGAUGUGCCAGCAACUACUUAACUCAUAGAAAAGUCUGCUUACUUUGCUGCCACUUCACAAAAUGUAAACAGUGCAUAGAAUUACUAAAAAAGGCUUCAUAUCAAUAUAAUUUUGACUUUAUUUGUUCAGGGAGAAAAGAUCCACCAAUGAGCCAAACCUAGAUAAAGAAGGGAGAACAUUAGAAUAUAACUGGCAACAAUCCUUUCUUCACAAGUGAAAAGAUCAGAUAGUCAUCAUCAUCAUCAUUUCAUCAAAUGUCCUUAUUUAUUUUCCCUAAUGGGGCUACAUAGCUUAUGAGUCUCAGAUUUUGCAGUUGUAGACACUCUUCUCUAAUGUGUAUCUUUCCCAUGUCUCCUCACACUAUCUCCAGAGCUUUCACACUGUAUGUACUUUAUUGGGUUGCUUGGCUUAUGAGUCUUAGGGUUUGCAGCUGUACACACUCUCUUCUGUAAUGUUCAUCCUUCCCAUCUCUCCCUCAUACACUAUCUGUAGGUUUUUAUCUUUCACACUGUAGCCUCCCACCAAGACACCCUUAGCCAGUGUGUUGUGAUGUGUGAUCUAACCUUUCCACCUUAACUAAAUGAAGGAAGUCCUGCAGUGAACUAAUAUAGACAUGAUGAUGAUGAUGAUGAGGAGGAGGAGGAGGAGGAGGAGGAGAAGGAGUGGGAGGAAAGAGAGCAGACAUAAAGCAGUAUCCUUAAUUAAUACAGUGUAAACAGAAGGGACCUAUUUAUAUAUAAAAAAAAAAAAAGUAUGUGUAUUCUUCUACAGGAAUCCAUUUACAAGUAAUUAGUUAAGUUGAAAGAAAAUGAAAAAAAGAAAGAAGUAAGGCAGAUACACACCUGAUGCAGUGCACUGCCUAUGCAAUACAAUACAAAGGACAUAUUUUGAAAGGUACUUUUACUAGCAUUUAAGCAUACAGUGACAUUUGUCUAAUGCACAACAAUACCAUUGAUACUG